AUGGGACAGGGAACUCCUCCUGUGGAUGGCAGAGGAAAACACGUAAUAAGACCUAAUAAACUACCCGUCGGCACUGAUGAUAAGAUACGUCAGCAUUUACUUAGUUACCCAAGAUACAAAUCGCAUUACAGUUUGAAAGAUAACUUGCAGCACUAUUACCUCUCGCCUCUUUUAAAUAUUGCAAAAAUGCAUCACAUGUACUUAGAACAAUACGAACCUGAACAAUUACUUCUACAAAAUGAAAAUAUGAAAGCGAUUUUAAAGUUUGAAUAUUAUAGAAACAUUUUUACAGAAAACUUUAAAAUAUCCUUCGGUAAACCAAAUUGUCAGAAGAGUAAUAAGUUACAAAAUCAAAUUAAUGCCGCCGAUAAUGAUGACCAAAAAAGAGCAUUGGAAACAGAGAAAAAACUACAUAUUACAAAAGCUGAAACUUUUUAUCAAGACAUGAAAGAAAAAACAGAUUUAGCUAAGAAUGAUUUACAAACCCAUUUUCAACAAUUUUUUAUGAAAAAUCCUUCACGGAAGAACAACCAAUUUACCAUCUCAAAAUAUCGUGUCAUGCAAUAUGAAAAAUUAGAUAGAUUAGAUAGUGAAAUGAUGUUUAAAUGUAGCGAAACCGUCAACUUUAUUGUAUUCAAUACUUCUGAAAUAAGAGAUAAGAGGAACUUGCAGCUCCUGACCUUACCAAACCAUGACCAUAAGUUGUACACUGAAAUCAGAAAGCUUGUUCGAGCUGAAAGCUGA